AUGGAUACAAAUAGUGAAAAUAAAGCAAAUAUUCUACGAAAAAAACCAUCCAUUCGACAAGAUGGUUCUUAUCGAAUAUUUCAUAUAACAAAAAAAAACAAAGAUGAAAGUGAUGAUGAGGAUAAUUUACACACAAAAAAUGAACAAAUAAUUAAUAAAGAAAAUCAUAUAAAAACUAAAUAUCAAAAAAGAUCUUUAAAAGCAUCUAAUCGACAUGGAUCAAAUGAUGCAGCAUCAAAACAACUCUUAACAGACAAUAUACAACAUGAUAAACAAAAUAAUAUCGGUGAAUCAUCUCAAACAGAUACUUUAAUAGAAGCUAUCGAUGAAACCAUGGUUCAUAAUGAUGCUACACUUGAUAAUUUACUUGCUCGAGCUGACAAACUUGAAGUAACUGUUAAACAACAAGAUUUCAAUAAAAUUCAACCAAUAUCACAAACACGUUUUCAUCGAAGACGAAAAAGUUGUAUAAUUGCUUUUAGUACUGUUCUCAUAGCAUUCAUUAUUUUUAUAAUUAUUUUAAUAUCUGUUGUGGUUAUGACAUUAAAACAUAAAGCAAAUAUCAGUCGAACAUCAAAAUCUUCAUCAAUUUAUAAUUCCAAUGGAUGA